AGGGCCGUGCUUAUAUUUUUCGCUUUGCAGAGGACAUCGUGUCCCCGAACAAGGCCGGCGGAGCGGAGCAGCAGGAGGCCGAGCGCAAGCUGCAGGAGCUGAAGCGCCGGCGAAACGAUGCGGAAAGCGAGGACUUCGAGAAAAUGAAGCAGAAGCAGCAGGACGCCGAGGCCGAGCUGGAGGAGCUUAAGAGGAAGAGGGAAGAGAGGAGGAAGGUCGUGGAGGAAGAGGAGAAGCAGAAGAAACAGGAGAUGGAGGAGAAGAAAGCCAAAGAACAGGAGGAGAGGAAGAGGAUGAAGGAGGAGAUCGAGAAAAGGAGGGCGGAGGCUGCAGAGAAGAAGAAGCAGAAGGAGGAGGAGUCUCCGAAACCUGCCUUUGCCGUCACUCCCAAAGGCUCCUCAAAGAUUGGGGCAAAGGCAGAAUUCCUGAGCAAAUCCGCCCAGAAAAGCACCGCGGCCAGAGUGUCUCACACGCCAAUUGUCUCCAAGAUCGGCAACAGACUGGAACAGUACACCUCGGCCAUCCAGGGAAACAAGGAGGUAAAAUCCCCAAAGUCUCCCAUGGCAGAUGUUCCAACAGGAGGUGCCCGCAGCAUCAAGAGCAUGUGGGAGAAAGGCAACGUCGGCGGCUCCUCUGAUAGUCCGACUCCUGCCAACAAGGAUGUAGCUGGUGUCAAAGGAGGCGUGGCAGGACGUGUGAACAGCUGGAUGGCGAAGCCUCCACAGGCGGAGAAGACGGCAGCUCCCGCGGCAGCACCUCCUGCGGCAGCGGCAGCAGCGGCAGCGGCAGCACCACCUCCGGCGGCAGCGGCAGCGGCAGCGGCAGCACCACCUGGGGCAGCUAAGCCAGCAGAUGUGAAAGCGGGCGACAUCGGCAGCAAACGCGGCAUGUGGGAAACCAAGAAGAGCUCUGCACCUGCAAAGGUGGCAGUCGUGGGAAAAAGCAAGUUUGUCACUAAUAGUAAGUGUCUAAGUGACUGUAAAUACGGCUUCAUUGUAGAUUCACUCAAAGAGACGCGACUAUGUAUCCUUGAUGCUCAACCUGUUGGUCGACCUCAAGGAGCUGAAGCCUGUCGCUCGUGCCCUGAGCUCCGUCUGCCUGAGGUCCAGAGCUCAUCCAUAACAGAAUGUCUGAUACAGAAGAAGUCGUGGAGGAGGAAGUUCUGGAGGAAGAAGGUAAGAGUGAUGCACUUGUCCAUGUUUGUAUGUACUUCACUUUUGCUCCAUUUCACUAAUCAUUUAUCGUCCCGAUCAGCAACGCAAGAAGAGGUCACAGAUGAGUCAAAGCCCAAACCAAAGUUCAUGACAAAUAUUACUGCCCCAAAGAUCCCCGAUGGUGACAAAGUGGAUUUUGACGACAUCCACAGGAAGCGUCAGGAGAAGGACCUGUCUGAGCUGCAGUCUCUGAUCGAGGCUCACUUCAUCCAAAGGAAGAAGGAGGAGGAGGACCUGCUCUCCCUCGUCAACAGAAUCGAGAAGCGCCGCGCCGAGAGGGCCGAGCAGCAGAGGGUCCGGGCGGAGAGAGAGAAGGAGAGGCAGGCCAGACUCGCGGACGAGAAGGAGCGCAAGGAGCAAGAGGAGCACCGCAAGAAGCAGGGCGAUGACGCCAAGAAGAAGAAGGCCCUGUCAAACAUGACCCAGCAGUACAGCGCUGGACACAAGAGUGACAACAGAAAAGGAGCAAAGAAGCAAACCGAGAGGGAGAAGAAGAAGAAGAUCCUGUCCGACCGCAAGAAGCCUCUUACCAUCGAUCACCUGAACGAGGAUAAACUCAAGGAGAAGGCCAGCGAGCUGUGGCAGUGGCUCAUGGGGCUGGAGGCUGAGAAGUUCGAUCUGGCUGAAAAACUCAAACGGCAGAAGUACGACAUCAACCAGCUUCUCGCUCGAGUCAAGGACCACCAGAGCGCCAAAGGACGCGGCAAGGGCAAAAUGGGCGGGCGGCUGAGGUAAAGCAGCAGCCGGACGAGGAGAAAGCAGGCCGCGACACCAGUGAUUGGCCUUAUUAUCUGUGUAUUCAUUGUACUGCUGUGCGAUUAUCAGGAUCAAAACAAUAAAUAAAAGUCAUUACAUCCAA